AUGGCUGACAACAAGGUCUAUCGCGCGAGCACCACGGCCCCGGUGAAUAUCGCCGUUGUGAAAUACUGGGGCAAGCGAGAUGCGAAACUCAACCUCCCGACCAACAGUUCCCUCUCCGUCACGCUCUCUCAAGCUGAUCUCCGAACCCUGACGACAGCCUCCUGCUCCGCCUCCUUUUCCGAUGGUGAUAGCCUGAUGCUCAAUGGCGAACCCUCGGACAUCUCCGGAGCACGAACCCAAGCCUGCUUCCGCGAAUUGAGAGCUCGCCGUGCCGCCCUGGAAGCUUCCAACGCAUCUCUUCCCAAGUUGUCGACCUUGCCCCUGAAGAUUGUCUCCGAGAACAACUUCCCCACAGCUGCUGGUCUGGCUUCCUCGGCCGCUGGCUUCGCCGCCUUGGUCCAGGCCAUUGCCAACCUAUACGAACUUCCAGAGUCGCCGUCAGAGCUUUCCCUGAUUGCUAGACAGGGUUCUGGAUCAGCGUGCCGCAGCCUCUUUGGCGGCUACGUUGCGUGGAGAAUGGGAGACAAGGAGGACGGGAGCGACUCCAUGGCCGAUCUGGUCGCGCCGGCGUCGCACUGGCCCAGCAUGCGCGCACUUAUCCUCGUUGUCAGCGCCGCCAAGAAGGGCGUUUCAUCCACCUCUGGCAUGCAGCAAACAGUCGCCACGUCCGGCUUGUUCCAGCAGAGAAUCGCCCAAGUCGUCCCCGCCAACAUGGACCUCAUGGAGAAGGCCAUCAAGGCCAAGGACUUUGCCAAGUUUGCCGAAGUUACCAUGCGCGACUCCAAUUCGUUCCACGCCUGCUGUGCCGAUACAUAUCCCCCAAUUUUCUACAUGAACGACGUCUCUCGUGCGGCUAUCCGCGCCGUGGAGUCAAUCAACGCCAAGGCUGGAAAGACCAUUGCCGCUUACACGUUUGAUGCCGGUCCCAACUGCGUCGUUUACUAUCUUGAGGAAGAUGCCCCCACAGUGCUUGGUGCGUUUGCAGGAGUUCUGAAUGGCGUUUCGGGAUGGAAAGACGACAGUUCUAGCGUCAAGUCUGGCGCAAAGUUGGAAGAUGGGAUUGCUAGCACGUUGAAGGACGGAGUGAGCAGAGUCAUUAUGACUGGCGUUGGCGAGGGUCCGUUGAAGACGGAAGAGUAUUUGGUGGGUGAGGAUGGUCAGGCUGUGAAGAGGUAG